AUGAGUCCUGCAUCUUCCAGAUCAAAGUCUCGCUCUCGUUCUGCCUCAAGUAGUAGCAGUGGCUGCAGCAGUGCUUCUCGAGGACGUAGUGCCAAAAGAGACUACUGCAGGUCUUCCUCCAGCAGCAGGUCAAAAUCUCGCAGCAGCCGAUCCCGCUCUCAUCCUCGGUGCCACAGACCCUCCUCCCGGUGCCGCUGUAGGGACCACCGCAGACGCAGGGCGAGAUGCAUCUCUCCCUCCCCCAAAAGGCACUACAGAACACAUUCUCGAUCCUUCAGCCGAUCGCCCUCUGUGGACCGCCGAAGGCACUACCACUCACGGUCCAGAGCCCGCUCAAGAUCCAGGAGUUCAGAACGCUCACUUGCUCUGAGUUCAGAAGCAAAACAACAACUUCUGGAAGUUGCAAGACAAAAUGCAAUGAAGAUUCUUGGAGUGCAGAGACUAGAACUUCCUGAAAGCGUGAAGCCGACCCUGAUGUCCCAGUUCCAUGAUUCGACAGGAGCAGAAAGGAGGGUUAGACGAGAUUCAGAAAAUUCAACCUCACAAAUGACUUGA